CGCCGUAUCUUGCCAGACAAGAUGGCAAACAAUCUCUAUAGUGCUUGGAAAGUACUUAUCCCCACCUUGGUCGAUGCUCACCUCAAGUAUUCUGCACGAACACACGGGCACCCUCUCACAGAAACCCAUCCCGUCAUAUCUGCCUGCGCAAGCCAUGCUUGUUCACAACGACGUUUCUCCAUUGUUUGCCUCUUUUUCGACCUCCUUAUUCACCACGGACUUUUCCCUACUGCGCCAUCCCAACCACGUAUGGCAGUUUCUGUCGAUCUCCUUGCAUUCUAUCGCGCCUUAUUCGAGCGCUCAUGUGAUGCUGUCCACGCUCUCGCCUCUGCUCUCAAGACUCAUUAUUCCCGCAGAGGUUUUCAAAUGACUAAUGCAGAUGGCCAAGCCAUUCAAGAACCAUUUCGACGUGGCCUUGGCCAAGCCGUUCAAUGGUAUGACAUAUUGCAAAUUCAGGUCGAACAACAGACUGAAGCUACGGUACAAAUCUGUCGAGAUCGGGUGUACGAGGCUCGGAGAUCGCAACGUAAAGAGGAUGCAAGCAUUUUGACCCCCACACCCUCCAAAACCUCCCUACUUCAAGGAAAAUGCGCUUCUAUUCUCGUGCAGCGUUGCCCAGCAUGUUUUGGAGGUGCCCUCUUCGGCAGGCCACUUAGCGAUGGCGGAGAUAUCCACGUUGCAACAGAUGGGAACUUCCAUCAUCGUCAUCGCCGAUCUGCGGGUGAUUGCCCCCACUUCUAUGAACCCUCAUAUUUCCUUCCGAAGGCCCAGGUUGACGAAGUUGGACGGCGGAUCGUCUCGAAACGUAAGCGUGCCCCCAAGAUUCGCACUCGUGUAGUCCCAGAUGAAGCCAUCGAUCAAUGUGAACAUUCAUACGAAGCCGCAGACGGCAAGAAGCAAAAGGCCGCCAUGGAUUCUUUUGAUGACACGGGCAUCAUGGCCCUCAUUUGCCGUCAUGAUGUCCCACUCUUAUUUGCUAAUAUCGACUCUCCUGGCGAGCAACAGAAGUACGCGGUAGCGUUGAUUGAGCAUCUUUUUUCCCUGUUACCGCAGGAAGCCACUGUCAUCACGCUCUACGACGUUGGCUGCGUCCUCUCCCGCUCACUAUCUCAGUAUGAUAUUCUACCUGAUCAUGUGACUUCGCGUCUUCGAUUUGCGACCACUGCCAUGCACGCCUACGGCCAUGAGUGGGCAUGUCAACUCGAAUACAACCCUCGGAUGAGCACUGGCCUUGGUCUAUCCGACGGCGAGGGUACAGAGAGGCUUUGGUCAAGGUUUGUCAAGUUGAUCGGAAUUCAACGUUCAUCGUCGCGACAGAGGCGCCUUUGGUUGAUAGACCGACAAGCUGCUGCCAUUGGUAUGGAAAUGCGAGUAGAUCUCGGCGACUGGAUCAAGCGGCGGCUCAAACGUGGCGUUAAUGCUCAGGGCGCAGCGGCCAAAGAAGUGCUGAAUAAAUGUGGCAUCGAAACUGACGACCUCCAGGCCCAGUGGGAGGAUCAAAAGAAGUCGCAACUCUCCAUUCGUGCCCAUGCUCCUGCACGACUGAAGAAGGAGCUCGAUGUCGUUCUUGCUCUACAGUCUGAUCUAGAUGCUUCAGAUAGGGCUUUGCAAGCCACGCGCGCUGUGGUAGAGAAGGGUUCAGCUACCGAGGAAACACUAGACGCUCUAGACAGCCUCGACCGCAGCCAUGACCGAUUGAUGAACAAGGUCGAGGUAUUGUAUUCCUCCCUUAAUGUCCAUGACAGGUUUCCAGAGUUGCAAGGUGUCGACUUAGAUUUUGUCCGAACGCUACUCAUGGCCCGCGACCUGAAAAUAAAUAUCCGCAAGCGUGCCAUAGGCAGCUUUUUUGAGUGGGAUAGGCUUGACCGUGCAGUCGGCGGUGCAAAUCAGGCACUCGGCACAAAGCUUCAUCAGCACACACGCAAAGCCAUCGCGAAGCGCCAGCCUGCUUUGAUGACUGCGAUUCGCAAAUUUAAUUCAUACUGCGAGCGUCUCGAGAAGCUCUACGACCCGUCUUGGGGUGUCCCUCUCCCUGCUGCUCUGCCUACCAAACUCGCUGACCUUCGAAAUGAUCAGACGUUGAUGGAGGAUGUAUGGAUCACUCCAUCCGUAGGAGAUGUCCCCCGUUGGAUGGAAGAUGCUGACGUCAGAGAUGGUAUACGAGCGUUGCUCAAACGAGAGCGAUGCCACGAAGAACAGCGCCGUCUUGGACUCGAGGCAGAUAACCUUUGUCGGUGGUUCGGAGAUGAGCUGGCUGCCUUGGAACUUGCCCUACGCUCUCCCGCAAACUACACAUUCACAUUCCCCUUGCAGCAACGUCGGGAUCAUAUCCUUCAGCUGCAAACUAAAUGGGUUACCCCGCUUGCGUCUUCUGUCCGCUUCGACAGCAAUGCCACAGCGGCAGUCAAUCUUGCAAUCACACUUUGUGGGAGCAAGGGACCAUCAGAGGAUGUCAUCUACAGGCUAGUACCGACCUCGUUGGCACUCGCUGAUCCAUCUCCCGAGGAUGACACUGAUGAAUAUAAUGCACCUGCAUUUGAAGAAGCCAUUGAAGAAGCGGCGCUCGUGGACAUUUUCCCCGAAGGCACCGUUACUGACGACGAAGAUGACGAAGGCGUGGAACAACCUGAAUUCACGAUUAGCUGGGAACUGCCAGAGGUAUCCUCGGGCCCUCCCCCGACUCGGGUGCGACCUGCCCAAGAUGGUUUUCCUCUCCAAGUAUUUGACUCAAGGGAUCAGUCCUUCCUGGCACAGCCUACUGCUUGCCUGAAUGAUACGUGUAUCAAUGGCUGCGCCGCACUGCUAUACUCUGAGAUACGGAUGAACUCACGUGCCCGGCCUUGUGCUAUUCUAUCCACGCACGAUCUCCCUCGUAUCCGGUACAAUGCGUCGGAUGAGAUACUGUGGCGAAAUACUUCGUGGACGUCCUUUUGGGACAAAGACAUUUGGGUCUUACCUGUUCAUCGCCCC